GUGGUAUAUAAGCCGCUUGGUUGAGGCACGAGUGGACAGUGACCAGCGAUCGAGUGGCCCAGGCAGUUCCUCCAUCUCACAAAACACACCAUGAAGAUCCAAUUGGUAUCCAUUUUGGGGUAUCUCCUGGUGGGAUGUGCUGUUCUCUCCGAGGCCAGCUUUGUUCCUGCCACUACUCUGGGAGUUCCCGCUGCAGUGGCUCCCGCACUGGUGCCACCUCCCACCAGCUAUCAGUUUGUGGCACGCAAUUGGAAUCGUUUCUAUGUGCCAACAUCCACUGGUGUGGCCACCUAUCACCCACCAGCCACAACGUACUACAAGUACAGUGGUGGCUAUCCAGCGUAUCCAGCAUAUCCUUCUGUCUAUCCAUCGGCCUAUCCCUCGGUCUAUCCUGCGGCAUAUCCCUAUGGCUAUGGCUAUUACCCCAACUAUAAUUAUGGCCAUGGCUACAAGAGUGUCUGGUGAUCAUCGAGGAAGCAUUCAUUGAUAAUAUUGUGAUAAUAUUCAACACCAAAUCAACGUAUUAUAAUACAAAUAUACGAGUAUAACCCAUCUAUUACACACCA